CAAGGUUAGACGUUUCCACAUAGGAUCUUGACCUGGUAUUGCAUCAAUGAAUCAGUUAACUUCAAUUGGCAGCUAUUCUAAAGAAAAUAGUAUUCCCCACACUCUGACAUUGAAAAUAAAGUGAUUCCUUUUAACACUGUUCCUCCAGACCAUCGGUUCUCUCUCCCUACCCCCUCUUUCACUAUGAUUUAUGGUCAGAUUACCCAUCCAUUGCAUCAGAACUAAAAUUAACAUCACCUGGCAACACGUAGGCCUAUACUGACAGUUCAUUACAAACUAAUCAAAUUUAAGAAAUGGGAACAGGUCAUUCCAUGUCAUCGUUGAAAUCAACAUGACAUGCUUGUUUCUUUCUUACACUGGUUUGUUUGCGACCCUGUAGGUUCUAAUUAAAUAAGUAGCGCUUACGUCUUCAGCUAAUCUGCCUGAGAAGCUAGGAGGGUCAUCUGUUAAAUCCCCAUAAGAGGAGACUAGCCACUUUCCCGGACAAAUGCGCACUAGUCCAACCUCAAACAAUGCUGUCACUGUGAGGAGUUAUUUGGAGUACUUGACUAUAUUGGAUACUGCAAAUAGACAAUAUUUACAGGUAUGUGCAAUUAGAAAAGGAUGCACGUCACACUUGAAAUUGAUUUUGGUUUUGAUAAUGUAUUUGCAAUUAUUUAUCAGUAUGUGUUGGCUGUAUUCUAAAUAUUGUCGUUGACGUUGGUUCCAUUGUCAUUGAUAAUGCCCCUUUUUAAGACUGUUCAGAUCAACUUGCAAUUAGAGACACUGCAUGCAUUUCGUUUUGUGUCAUUUCCCUCCUUUUGUACUCCCAACUCAAUCGUUAUUCUAUCUUUGCUGUUGACAGGUCUGAAAAACAGCCCAUCAGUCGAGUUCCUCCAGUCAGUCAGCUGAGAGAUACUGAAACACUACUGUAGUGCUCAAAGCAGCACAGACACACACAACUAGAUGGAUCUUAUGGUGGAUCUUAAGUCCCUGGGUGAUCCCAUCAAGCAGUUCAGCGAUUAUGUGUCAGGGACCGGGACCAAACCGGACAACAAAAUAGGCACCAAAAAGAGCACAGGGGCCAGACGGAAGAGCAUAGUCGUGAGCACAGGGGCCAGACGGAAGAGUGUAGUUGUAGUCCGGAGGCACAGCAUAGUCAGGAGGAAGAGUGUCCCUUGCGCCAAAACGUGCACCAAGCAGAGAGCCGUACCAGACUCCUGGCUCAGUGCAUACCAGGCUGACAUUCAGAGAGAAAGGAAACUGAGAGAGAAGAAGAUUGCCGAAAGGUCCAUCAGAAGGAGGAGUCAGCAUUUCAGGAGCCAGCACUGCCUCCCAAAGAGUAAGACAAAUGCCAAGAGGAACCAGAAAUCUGCGAAGGAUGAUUCGCUGUUUGGUGCCUUCCAGGGGCUCAGUCUGAACGUGACGGGAGGCGCCCAGAGCUCUAUGGCCUCAGGCGGAGACCAGUGUAAAGUCAUGUGAGACAAAAGACUUGACUCAUAACCUGGCCUAGGCUUCCAGGCUUCGCUCACGUGCGUGAAAGCCUGGGCCGAGGCAACAUAUCAUCUAACACUUUAAUCACGUCCACCAGCAGGCUCUCUCUGUUGACAUGUGUAUGGGAUAACAUUUGAGACUGGGGACGAGGUUACCUACACUUUCCCUUGAGACAUUCUGAGAAGACUGAACAACGGGGGAAAACAACAGGUCUUGUUUGGUGAUGAGAAAUCACAAUGAAGCCAACGUUUUAAAGGUAGACUCAACAAUAUGAUGUAGAUGCAGAAAGUAAACAGAAUAGUGGGUAAAUUUCCGCAACAACUAAGUGCAAGGCUGUUUGGCCCCGUACCUACCACGUUGGGCUCCUGAGUGGCGCAGCGGUCUAAGGCACUGCAUCUCAGUGCUAGAGGCGUCACUAAAGACCCUGGUUUGAUUCCGGGCUGUAUCACAACCGGCUGUGAUUGGGAGUCCCAAAGGGCGGCGCACAAUUGGCCCAGGUUAGGAUUUGGCCAAGGGUAGGCCGUCAUUGUAAAUAAGAAUUUGUUCUGAACUGACUAGCCUAGUUAAAUAAAACUAUUUUUUAAAUAUGGUUUCCACAGUCACAAUUGGGGUUAGGCAUAAGGUUAGCAGUGUAGAUAAGGUUAGGUUAAAAAUCACUUUAAGAAGAGAAAUUGUACAAAUAGGCGGGACUUUGUGGCUGUGGUAACUAGUUACGACCCUCUGACAGCUUGAAGCGAACCUGUGCAUGUUCAAAUACUGUGUGAGAGCGCCAUCUUGCAUCUCCGUAUAUCCCAGUAUCUGCGGUGCUACUCGUGGCAACGUCAUUUUGCUGAGUCUACCUUUUCAGUUUGUUUAAAGAUGAAGGGGGUAAGUGCGCUAGCAUAUCUGACACCACAAGCUCUGGGGGCCCAUGCGCCUGUCAUCAAUGUCUAUUUUUAUUUUAUUUAAUAAAUCAUUUUGACAGUAACCCUCAAGUCAAUCAUAAACCUUUUCAAUUUCCAUAUGUAUUAAGAAGCUAAGUGUUUGUUUUUUGGGCUUCAGAAAUGUGACUGAAAAAAGUGCCUCAGGCCUUGUAGCAACUGAUAAUGUAAUGACUGCCAAUAAUGUACUAGCUGCUAAUGUAAUAACUUUUGCAUUCAUAAUGUAAUAAAUGCCGAUAAUGUAAUAAAUAUGCUGAAUGCAUAACAAGGUUUUUGCGCACAAUGUAAUAAUUACUGCAAUAAUUAUUACAUUGUGUUGAUUAUUACAUUAUGAAUAGUGUAACUUUAACCAAUAAUGUAAUAUUCACUCUAUUUUUAUUUUCGUGCUUCAGUAAUAGCUGACUACACACCAAACCACAUUUCUGAAUCCUAGCUCUAAACCUGACUUUAGCAGUAAUGUCAAUACACAGCCCCAGACAGUCAGUGAAUCUCUGUAAAUGAGGGAGCGAAUGAGCGUGUGUGUGCAUGCAAUUUGUUCUCAACUAAUAUGCAAUGUUUUUUUAAUAGAUAUACACUGCUCGAAAAAAUAAAGGGAACACUUAAACACAA